AUGGCGGACGCACCCAAGCCCCAGCAGUCGCAGCAGCGCCAAUCGCCCUUCCUGCCCAUGUUCGAGACGUUCCGCGCCGAGCUCGACGAGCACCACGACCGGCGCGAGCGCAUCAUCAAGGCCUCGCGCGACAUCACCGCCUCCAGCAAGAAGAUCAUCUUCUCGCUCCAGAGGAUCCGCAAAUUGAACCAGCCUCUGCCGCCCAACAUCACAAAAGCAAACAAGCAGUACUGGGACACGAUCAAGACAGCAUACGCCGCCAUUUCCAAAGACCUGCAGGGCAUCAAUGCCUACCGCUACGCCCGCAACAUCACCGGCGGCCACCAGGAAUUCAUCGAAUCGCUGAGCUUCCAGCACUACCUCGAGACGCAGACGAUUAUAUCAUACGAAGAUGCGUGCAAGCAGCUGGCGGAGCUGGGAGCCAAGGACGGCGCAAUCAUGCUGACGCCCGAGGACUAUCUGCUGGGCGUGUUUGACAUGGUGGGCGAGCUCAUGCGAUUUGCAGUCACGGCCAUGGCGACGAGCGGCGCGCUGCCUGGCGGAGAGGCGCGACGGGCGCCGGCCGGAGACAAGGACGCGAUGGAUGUGGACGAGCCGGAAAAGGCUCAGGGCCCGCAGCGCAACGUGCUGCAGGACAUGCGCGAGCUGCGGAUGCACCUGGAGGGCGUGGAUGCGCGCUCGGACUUCAAGUUCCAGAGCGACGUGGAGAAGAAGAUGGGGGUGAUGCGGACAUGCGUGGAAAAGGUUGAGACGGGCUUGUACGGGCUGGUGGUGCGCGGGCGCGAGCGUCCAAAGGGGUGGAUGCCGGAGCUGGGAGGCGAGCGGCGCGAAGUAGAGUAG